AUGCCCAAGAGAGACUUUCUCGCCCUGUUCUCCUCAUUCUCAUGGGUUCUGCAUACCCAGGCCCAAUAUCAGGGCUUUGCCCCCUUCAAGCAUGACGAGCUCACGUAUACAAUCCGAGUUCCUGAAAGCACCGCCCAUUCAGGUGAUGGUCCCCUCUAUUUCCAAAUGAAUACAUCUCGACCAAUCGAAUGGUUUGCUCUGGGACAAGGAGCAGCGAUGCACGACUCUCGCAUGUUCGUGGUGUAUACCUCGGGGGACAAUGUAACGCUUUCUCCCCGAGCAGGCAAAGGCCACUAUGAACCGCUGUAUGACAAGACUCUCCGUGCCUCGCUCAUCAGUGGAACCGGAGUCCAUGAUGGUACCCUCACUGCCAAUGUCCGGUGUGACAAUUGCAAACUUUCGCCGAGUCGCGCCACCAAUCUCAAUUACGCGUUCAGUCCUUGGAUCUGGGCAAUCAAGUUCGGUGCAUCGUUGGGCACACUAAGCUUGACGGCCAAGAUUGCCGAGCACGAUGCUUUUGGUGUCUUUUAUGUCAAUCUCACCAAGGCCACGGGCCCCGACAACGACAACCCACUGUUGAAUAUUGAUCGAAGAUCCAUCACCAAGGCGUGGACUCAACCCUUUGAUCACAAUGGCUUUGAUCGGAAAAGAACUGCCCAUGCAGUACUGAUGACGCUGGCGUUCGUCCUCUUCUUCCCACUUGCCGCGCUAACACUUCACCUUCUCAAAUCGCCCCAGACAGUGAGAAUCCAUGCCUCGAUCCAACUGUUCACCUUGGCAAUGACAGUCGCUGGAUUCGGACUGGGAGUCUCCAUGGCCAAGGAUGUUCAUAUUCUCAAACAUCAUCAUGCCAUCGUCGGCUUUGUGGUCGUCUGCUGCCUCGUGCUCUUCCAGCCUCUGAUGGGCCUAUUGCAACAUCGCCACUUCAAGAAAAGCGGAGGCAAGGGUCCCUUUGCCUAUUUUCAUCGAUGGCUCGGGCGAGCCAUGAUCAUCCUGGGAGUGAUUAAUGUAGGGCUAGGCUUUGAGUUGACAGGUAUCGGGUCUUCUGCUGUACCCAGGGGAGCGGUCAUUGCAUAUGGGACUGUCGCCGGGGUGCUGGGGCUGAUGUACAUAGUGGUCAUUGUCGGGAAGGCAGCACGCCGAGGCUGCUCUUAG